AUGACAAUUCUCGAGCUGGUGGCGGCUUUGCUGUUUUAUUUUUUGACUGCAAGUGUCGAUUUAUUAAACGCUACUGAAGAUUUAUCAUCGACGGGUCUGAAACACGUGUCCAAUCUGACGCCUAAGGAUCAGGGAGGUAAUCUUUUUAACGAGAAUGCCAGGGGGAUUUUACCAGACCCUAAGAAGUGCUUCCUGCACGUUUCUGAAGUCUUCGCCGGUGGCACCCAUCUUAACGUGGCUAUAGGGCACCGGAAGUUUAAAACCGACGUUUUGGUCACGAAAAUAAUAUACGAAGAUUGUAACCUAUGGCUUUCGUCUGAUAAAUCCGACCUCUCGUCCGAUGACCUGCCUUCAAUCGAAGACUGCCAGAUCUGGCUGUUGGAUCAUCAUGUCAAAAAAGGUGUAGUUCUGGAACUGUCUCGUUUGAACGUCCCCUGUUCUAGGGGUUACCUGCUAUUCUCAGGGGUGCAAAGUCACUAUGCCCGUAACAAACGCCAGAAAAAGCUCUGUGGUAAAAUAGAACAAGUCCCCGUUUCCGAACGUAACCUCUACUUCUCCCCAUCGUCCUUCCCCGCAACCCUAAAUCUCCGCGGAUCCCCCAUAUUCUCCCUCAUCUACGGAUUAGUCGAUCAAUGUUACAAUUUAACCUUCCUGACUAAAAACGGUAGCUACCAUCUCUACGCAACUCCUGAGCUGGAAUGCACCUUCAAAAUCCAUCUGCCCUACGGCAACAGGAUCAUUCUGGACAUGGAAAUCGGGAACGUGUCUAUCGGAGCGUGUAAAGGGAUCCUGACAGAAGUAUACGACGGAAAAAGUUCCUGGACUCACUGUAUCGAUUCGGGACAACGCGAUAAUAAUAAGAAAAGUGUUUCUCGAAUUGUGUCCGCGGAAAACAAGUUGGAGAUCCGAGUGUCCGCGUUGGGCGUUGAAAGUGACGGUCUCGAGUUCCAAAUGUCCUAUGUUGCCGAACCGGUGGAGGACAUUGUCGGUCCGUGCGAAUUCGGUUGGAUCUCUUUGAAUCACAUGUGCGUUACGGUAGUGGAAUCCAACAAGGUGACUUGGGCUCAAGCCGAAGAUUCGUGCGUGAAAUUGGGAGGACACCUGGCAAGCAUCACCAAUGAUUUCACCGAAUCCGUGAUCGACAAUCUCAUUUUAAACAGGGGUUACCUGCUAUUCUCAGGGGUGCAAAGUCACUAUGCCCGUAACAAACGCCAGAAAAAGCUCUGUGGUAAAAUAGAACAAGUCCCCGUUUCCGAACGUAACCUCUACUUCUCCCCAUCGUCCUUCCCCGCAACCCUAAAUCUCCGCGGAUCCCCCAUAUUCUCCCUCAUCUACGGAUUAGUCGAUCAAUGUUACAAUUUAACCUUCCUGACUAAAAACGGUAGCUACCAUCUCUACGCAACUCCUGAGCUGGAAUGCACCUUCAAAAUCCAUCUGCCCUACGGCAACAGGAUCAUUCUGGACAUGGAAAUCGGGAACGUGUCUAUCGGAGCGUGUAAAGGGAUCCUGACAGAAGUAUACGACGGAAAAAGUUCCUGGACUCACUGUAUCGAUUCGGGACAACGCGAUAAUAAUAAGAAAAGUGUUUCUCGAAUUGUGUCCGCGGAAAACAAGUUGGAGAUCCGAGUGUCCGCGUUGGGCGUUGAAAGUGACGGUCUCGAGUUCCAAAUGUCCUAUGUUGCCGAACCGGUGGAGGACAUUGUCGGUCCGUGCGAAUUCGGUUGGAUCUCUUUGAAUCACAUGUGCGUUACGGUAGUGGAAUCCAACAAGGUGACUUGGGCUCAAGCCGAAGAUUCGUGCGUGAAAUUGGGAGGACACCUGGCAAGCAUCACCAAUGAUUUCACCGAAUCCGAAUAUAUUUUUCAUUUCAUUGCCCCCUUAGGUCUGUUCUGCGGUUUGACAAAAUGCGAACUGAACCCGUGCAUCUUCGGCACCUGCGAACUGACAGGGAACAAUUAUAAGUGCCACUGCGAGCAGGGUUACAACGGGCCCAACUGCGAGUCGAAACAGAAACCGUGCGAGAACAACCCCUGCGAGAACCGGGGCGUGUGCAUCGAAAAGGGCACCAAUUUCCACUGUCAAUGUCACGCGUGGUGGGAAGGUCCGAGGUGCGACAAGCGAAUGUUACACAUACCGUUCAAACCUCUCAGUCAACGUAUGCUGGAGGAACCUUUCUGGCUGGGACUUAUCACCGUCACCGUCGUCAUGGGAGUGAUCGGACUCUUCUGGUGCGCCAAGAGACAUUUCCCGGAGAAAAUUGAAAAGCUACUGGCCGAGGAAAGCGAACGGAGUCGCAGUAAUCUUCCAUCGUUGAGAACGUCGCUGAGAGAACAACUGGCAGCUUCGAGUGCGUCAACUGUGACGGUGAUACCUAGCCCAGGUUCAGGCAAUCCCCGUACCCUGUUGGGCAGAUUUGGUAUUCGCAAGCCUUCGAUCCUUAGCCUCACCAGCCCACGCCAGAACGGCUAUUCUCCGGCCACGGCUCGAACAUUUAGUUUGGACGAUUUACUUAAGCCAGCUAGACGUACGCCGUCGCCUAGAAAACGAAACAACUCGACGCCCACGAAGAAAAACAACGCGGAGAAGAAGCAAAUACUCCAACAACUGAUGACGUCGUCGACGGGUGCCCAGGAGGCCGCCAGAGAAUCGAUACAGAUGACUGAAAGACGAGCGGAUCCAAAGGCUGAGAGUAAAGGUAACGACGUAAAGGAAACGAAACUAACAGAAAGCACCACCGCGAACGUCGGCGAUCCGAAACUAGAAAAGAAGGUGACGUUUGCUAGAUUGCUGAACAAAAUAUCUGCGGAAAUGAGUUCCGCUUCAGAUGUCGAAAUGGGAAUACUGAAGUCUGGAAAGAUGGCGAGUAUGUUCACUAGGUCGUCAAGUACUCCACCAUCCCCUAUCACCGAGAUGAGAUCCCCAAACAGCACGUCUAGUAACCAAGGAAGUGACACGUACUCGAGUUCGGACCUUGCGAUUCCGUUAACGUUGAGUUACAACGUUUCCGAGUUCUUGUGCGGUCGGAAACAAAAGCCUGCUAGUGCCGAUUCGAUUUUGGCGAUGUUUCGAAAUUUUUCUUCCGCAUCUUCCUGUAACAAUAACUGGCCUUCUUCUUUAAAACCGUCCCCCAGUACGACGCCGACGAUUUCCAGUCCCCAAGACGACUACGCCAUCGAUGAAGACUCGACUUCGUCCAUAAACACCCCCAUUUCUUACGCAAGCGUCACUCUGGACAGCCCCUCGAAACAUUCCAGGAUGUCCGGUACCAUAGACGUGCCAGUUUUCGACGCCCUAAGCGCCCAAAAGUGUACAAGCGGCGGUGGAAGCAACCUUCUUCAUCCUCCAACGAUCCUGUUGGAGAUACCUAGCACAAUCAACAAGUGCCUUUCUCCCAUUCGGGAGAUGCCAACUCCGUUGCCAUCCCCCAUGCCUUCUCCCGCACUCACUCCCAUCAUGCACCGUUCCAAAGCAUCCUCUAUCAACGACAUUAGUGUUGACAGUAGCGACGAUAAGUUCUCAUUGGACAUUCCAAAUAUCAACGUGAGCGACGAGGACGACUUUAGGUUUAACAAGGACACAGUUAUAGAUCCACAAGCCGAAGACGGAUUAAUCCAAGAAGAAGCUGCUGCCUUACAACUUAAAUCUUCUAAGGUUUCCGAAAUUUCUCAAGCCGAGUUACAGCAUCCAACAACUACAUCAACAAACACCUCCCCGCAGAAACAGCCCUUGGUUAUUCCGAUGCUUACAGUACAAAUGCCUUCGCCUACUCAUCAUACGUCACCUCGACUUGUGUUGGAUUCGCCACCUCCCCAGAAGUCACCCUUCAUCAAUAUCGACGAAUGUCCGGACGGUACACCCGGCCACUGUCGAAAAUCAUUGAAAGAUUUGGAUAAGCCCAGCUCGCUAGACUUAAUGUGCACUCCACCGAUGAUAACCAUCACUUGUAACAUGAGCGAAGUGGAAUCGGACGCAGAGUCGAUUUCGCCAGCGAUUAAAAAGACUCAUCAUCUUGGUUCCGGAACGUCCACCAUGUGUUAUCUAAGUCCUUUCGCGCUUGGUCAACGAAACGACAGAACAGUUUCGGAAUCGAAUCUUAGUUCGUCAGGAUACAGUUCCAUGGCCAGUCCGGGUUCUUCACGUUGCGGCUCUAACAACCCCUUGUGUCCUUCGGAAAUUGACGAUCCGAGUCUUCAUUCAUAUCAUCCCAUCCUAGGUCAGAAGACGUCCCGCCUUAAGUCUGUUCCACCUUUAGACAACUUCCCAAAACCCAACGAGGUGAGGGUUGCAAGAAACGUGCGGGAAAUAUCCGAUUCCGAAACGUUAUCGGACGAUCCCUUGGUCGAAUCGAACGACGAAGGUAUCGGUACAGACCACAUAGACGAGAAAAUAGACGAGGGAGAGGUGAAAAGUGCUAAAGAGCUUGAAGUGUUCAUAACAAGCGAUUGUGAUAGUACGAAAACGUUGUUAAAAGUUCCGUCAAUUACUAAUUUAAGCGCUAAAUGUUGUAGUCUAGAGACCAACAUGGACCUGUUGAUGCCUCCUAGUUCGAAGAAAUCGUUAUACUUGCCUUCCAUCGUUAUCCAGUCAAGUGAUACUAGCAGUCUCUGCGAGAAACACCUGAGUCCGGUUAGUUCGCGAAGUGAGAGUCCGUUAAGUGACAAAACCACCGGCGGUAUCGAGCGUUUUUCGCCACAAUUUUACGGCAGAAACAAAGACUCAUUGCCAUUCACAGACUCCGAUGGGCUCUAUGACUUUCCCAGCACCGACAAAGUGAACAUAACGUCGUCUUGUACUCAGCCUUGCAGAAAAUUCACGACUAGAAGGAAAGAAAAGAAGACCACGAGAAACUCAAAACUGCCCAGUCCAACAACUCUCAUCCAGAAUCUGGACGUUCCCGGCAAGGAAUCACACUACAGGGUCCAUCCACCUCGAAAGACGAGUCCAAAACGAAAACUGCGAGGUCAACAAAUCCUGAGCUCUUCUUCCAGUUCGGAAAGCAUCAUCUCGCCGAAUGCAAAACUUAAAUCGACCAUGCCUUGCAUCGAAGACGUACGUUGGUCGUACAGCAACGAGGAGUGGUCAGAUUCGAGGUAUCAAAAAACUUCUGAGGACGAAACGCGAGAUGCUGCUAAGAAGGUACGACAUUACCCAAAGUCAUCAGAAGAUCUCACAAAACCCAAAAGAGUCAGCAGGUUAAGAGCAAUUGGUCAUCAAAUAAGAUUUCUUCGACGAUUAGAGCUGAGUUUAAGAAGAAAAGAAAGAACAAUAAGUCCGUCGGAUAGCUUCGAAAGCGAAGAAGAAUAUCCAAGGGUAACAUCCCCGCUCAUUCAACCCAGUGAAAAGCUGAAUGUAGAAAUUAGAAAAAGUAAAAGUAUCGGUUUUAAUCAACCUGUAGUUAAAAAUAGACGAUACAAAAAGGAAGACACUUUAGCAACAAAAGAUAAGAUGCAAUUCGAAAGGGUUUUUAUUACGGGCGGAAGUGGAUAUUCCGAUNCCACUUGUCUAACUAAUCCUGAAAAACAACUCCCUGACGUUGUAAAUUUCAUAUUUGUUGCUUAA